UUCCUCACAAAGCCUCAAUUUGAAUAAUUUGCUGUUGUAUUUUUCCCCCAAAGAGUCAGAUGAAACUGAACACUUAGCAGCUCUCUGGACUUUGUGCAAACCUGUGUCCAUCCUUCUACCCUAACCCCCCUUUCUCAUCCUGUCCCUGCCUCCCUCCCUUAUCCGAAUUUUCCAGCCACCGCUGGAGUUGACUUCCGCAAUCCUGAUGGAAUAAAUGUAGCACCCUUAGUCUUCUGCUCACAGUAGCCACACUUGCUGUCUGAACGGAGCCCAGACAACAGAUUCUCAACAGCAGGCUGGCUUAGACUGUGAGCCUCCUGCCAAUGGAAGUCUCCCCUAAUUACUCCUCUCACAGGAUGUGGGUGUUCAAGUUUUUGCUGCUACCCGUGCUGAGCUUCGCUCUGUACCCUGAGGAAUUGCUGGAUACCCAGUGGGAGCUUUGGAAGAAGACUCACAGGAAGCAGUAUAACAGCAAGGUGGAUGAAAUCUCUCGGCGUUUAAUUUGGGAAAAAAACCUGAAGCACAUUUCUAUCCAUAAUCUGGAGGCCUCUCUUGGUGUGCAUACAUAUGAACUGGCCAUGAAUCACUUGGGAGACUUGACCAGUGAAGAAGUGGUUCAGAAGAUGACAGGACUCAAAUUACCACCCGCUCACUCCCACAGUAAUGACACUCUCUACAUCCCAGAGUGGGAAGGCAGAGCCCCGGAUGCCAUCGACUAUCGAAAGAAAGGAUAUGUUACUCCAGUCAAAAAUCAGGGUGAGUGUGGUUCCUGUUGGGCUUUUAGCUCUGCGGGUGCCCUGGAGGGUCAACUCAAGAAGAAGACUGGCAAACUCUUAAAUCUCAGUCCGCAGAAUCUUGUGGAUUGUGUGUCUGAGAAUUACGGCUGUGGAGGCGGCUAUAUGACCACCGCCUUCCGGUAUGUGCAGACGAAUGGGGGCAUUGACUCUGAGGAUGCAUAUCCAUAUGUGGGCCAGGAUCAAAGUUGUAUGUACAACCCAACAGCAAAAGCAGCUAAAUGCAGAGGGUACAGAGAGAUCCCUGUGGGCAAUGAGAAAGCCCUGAAGAGAGCAGUGGCUCGGGUCGGGCCGAUCUCUGUGUCAAUUGACGCAAGCUUGACAUCUUUCCAGUUUUACAGCAGAGGCGUGUACUAUGAUGAAAAUUGCGACCGCGAUAAUGUGAACCAUGCCGUGUUGGUGGUGGGCUAUGGCGUCCAGAAGGGAAACAAGCACUGGAUCAUUAAAAACAGCUGGGGAGAAAGCUGGGGAAACAAAGGGUACGUUCUCUUGGCUCGGAACAGAAACAAUGCGUGUGGCAUUACCACCCUGGCCAGCUUCCCCAAGAUGUGAUUCCUGCCGGCCAGUUCUACUGUUCUCCCAUCCUUCUUGGAUGGUGCCGCAUAUCGGUGUGUUUCGGAGGGAGUUGAUCCUGAAGCAGAUGUGAUGUCUCGAAGACUGCUUACUUUCUCCUCAUUGGUGCUGCCAUUGGCACCUCUAUAACUUUCCUUCUCUCCACCCAAGGCCCUUUUCUCUGUGGAUACAACAGGAAAUUCUCUGAGAGUUGUAGACUCUUAAGCUAAGGUAUCUGGUCACAGAGUCACCUGCUACUGUGCAGAUAAACCCUGGAGGUCUCCAGCAGGCUGGGGUGACCUUCCCAAGUCCCUGUCUUCCAUAUGCUUGAGUGUAUAUUUGUAUUUUCCACCAAGAUCCACAAACCUAUUCAUAAUUCUUUGACAAAUUCACACAAUAAAUGUGUGUGCUUUUCUUUCUUUGCAUUUAAAAUAAAGUAUCUCAUUCACAAUUUAA